AUGGAGGCCGUGUUCAUGAAGACGGAGCCCUCAUGGGACGGGGCGCGGCCCGCCCGCCCCUCGGACAUACACGUGACAGAGUCAGCCCCGAUUCCAGAGGGAAACAUGUGUGCCGACAUGACUCCGGAGGCCGGUGUGAAGCUGGAACCAGUCGCACUGCAUGCUGUUUACUCGCGGCAGGAGGUCGCUGACCCGCGGGAUGUCAAUGUGAAGCAAGAAGACAGUAAGCUGCGGGAGGUUGUGAAGAAGGAGCCAGGAUCGGGGGAUACAAGCAAGUUGGGUGGAGGGGGAGCGGCGCAGCAUGUGGACUUUACGGAUGACAGUGAAGCUGGUGGGAGCGGGAUGGCAGGUCCUCGUGGAAACGAGACGGCAGAUCCGUGUGGGAGUGAGACAGCAGACACAUGCGAAAAAGAGACUGCACAGGAGGCGGAUCUAGAGCAGGAGUUGGUCGUCCUGCGCAAGGACCGAGCGCGCUCCGACAAGCUGGCGCGCGAACACACAGAAGCGACCAGUUACUCGUGCCUCAUGUGCACUAGAACCUUCAAGUGUUUAACCACUUACAAGCAACAUAUGACUAACAUGCACACCGGUGAGAAACCCUUCGCCUGCGAGUGGUGCGACUGGCGGUUCGACGACUUAAACGAUUUUAAGAGACAUUUAAGAACUCACAAGGGUUUGAGGCACUUCAAAUGGAGAGCCAUCUACAGGAAGUUUACAAAACUCCAUAAACCUUUAUAACAUUAUGCAAAAUCGCUGUCAUAGCGUUAUAUUUCAUAGUUUUAAACGUAUCUAUAUUAAUUCAUACAUAACGUUACGAUCAUAACGAAACGAAACCCGUAA